AUAAAAUGUUAUAGGUACUUGUUAAUUUUAUAGUUGCUUGUUAUUGUUUUUAGUGAAUAUGUCUGUUGUGUAGUAAUAAUGGAAACAGGAUUUUUUUAGCAGACGAUUAUACUGCUUACUGACCAAUCGUCUAGUAGCUGUGCCUCUCUAGUGGGAAUUAAACUUUUCUCAUGAAUGUAGCCAUUUCAUUUUAAUCGGACUACCAGUUCCUGGCACUAGUACAAAUUAUUCAGCUCUUUAUUAGUACGUAUUUAAAAAUUGUUGUAUAACCAGUUCAACAUACGCCAUUUAGCGAUAAAACACACUUUGAACUUGGAAACUGUAAAAUGAAUGAAAAUCUGCGAUAGAUACGUUCAUCAUACAGACCGGUUGUGAAGGCUAAGUGUAAUCUAAGAGCUAGUAUAUUGUCAGCACUCACGUCAUGUUAACAUGAUGGAAAAAAUCGCAAUACUAAUACUAGUGGCGUUAGAAUGUUACGUCCAGCAGACGGUGCCUCAUCCGCCGGACCUAGUGUUGCCUGGAGAUGCAUAUUUGGACUUCCCAGGAUUGGCCAAAAAGUACGAUCUGGAUUGUGCAAUCUACGAUGUGACUACCGAAGAUGGAUAUAUCCUGAAGUUAUUCCACAUCCCUGGUAAUAAAAGUUCACCAGUUUUGGUUAUACAUGGCGUUCUGGACUCGGCUGAUUCGUUCAUUCUACGAGGGAAUUCUUCUUUGACAGCAAUUUUACACAAAAACGGCUAUGAUGUUUGGGUGGGAAACGCCCGGGGUAGCAGAUACGGCAGAAGACACGAAACCCUAAACCCAGAUGCUGACAAAUCCUUUUGGAGCUUCAGUUUCCAUGAAAUCGGAUAUUACGACCUUCCAGCGAUGAUAGACUUCGUUUUAGACAAAACGAAGAUGGUUUCACUGAGUGCUAUAGGACAUUCUCAGGGGAACCAAGUUUUCUACGUGCUUGGAGCAGCUCGACCUGAUUAUAAUAAGAAGAUUAGAGUAUUAAUAGCUUUGGCACCGAUAUGCUAUUUACAUAACGUUAUGCCUCCAGUGAAUGAUGUAGUUGCAUUAGGACCAAUCAUAAACGAGUUAUUAUUAUUGGUUGGAAGGGAAGAAAUACUUGGGGAUACAGGAACCGUGCGUAAAAUAAUAGAUUUAUUUUGUUUAGAAGGUCCGCAAGGAUAUAAAAUGUGUGUGGAAGGUAUAUUCUUUCCUCUGGCUGGUCCUGAUCCGGCGGAAUUCGAACCAGAAUUUGCGCGUAUCGUCCUCAAUCACUAUCCCACAGGCACAUCUAGAAAAAACGCUAAGCAUCUUCUUCAAGUGGCCCAGAAGCGGGAAUUCUUAUAUUACGACUACGGAACCAUUGAGAAUUUAGCUAAAUAUAACUCUAUAGUUCCACCUAAAUAUGAUUUAGGUAAAGUGACAAUGAAGGUAGCGUUGAUAUCGGGCAAGAACGAUCGCUUGUCCACGUUGAAAGACGUGAAGAUCUUGAGGAAACAGCUACCGAACUUGGUUGACUAUAAGGUGUUAGAUUAUCCAUACUUUAAUCAUAUGGACUUUAUCUGGGCGAAACACAUGAGGCUACAUUUGUUUCCUCAUGUGAUCAAAAUAUUGCGUACUUAUGGACAAGGGUGAACAUAUUUUCUUUUCUACUGUAAAUUAUCAUAAGACUAGUAUUAACUAUCCUAACUAAAAACCGAAUUGAGUUUAUUUUUCUGUUUCUUUUUCUCCAUAGGAAAUUUGACAUUUUAUUGUAUAAACUCUAUUUAUUACGAAAAUAAUUAAAUUGAUAAAAUUAAAUCCUUAUUUGUGUAUUAAAUAAAUAACUAAAAGAUAAUGAUCGCCUUGUA